UAUAAAACAUACAUAUAUACUAUAUGUACAUAUCUACAUAUAUACAUAUGUACAUAUGUGUGUAUGCAUGUACAUGCAUUAAGUUAUGCAUUUAUUUAUGCACGUAACUGUGAUAAGUGAACACAUCUUUAUGGCUUAAGCUAUUCGAUUUUAAAGCCAUAAAUAUUAAUCUGUUUGAAACAACAGCGAUACUAAAAUUUUUAUGGAAAAUCCACUUGUUGCUAUAACUGUUGUUUUGCCAAAUAGAGUGAUAAAAUGAAAAUAAUUAAGGUUGGUCAAUAAAAUGUUACAACAUGAAUAUUAAUCUGUGAUCAUCAGGAAAUAUAAUAUAAAAAUAUGGCUAUAGUGAAGCCAUGUUCUGAAAGGAAGUUCGUGAAAGGAAGUUAAAAAUAUUUUUAUUGCAAAAAACAAAAACGAUAUUGUUGCUGUAGUGGCAGAAAGAAUACGCAAAAUAUUUUGGAAGAAUGUUAUUCAGUUGAAUAUACUUGACCGGAUAUAAGAAAUUUUGUGCCGGUUACUGUCGUGUGAACGAUGGGAGCAACUAUAACAGGUUUGAUACCUUAUUUACUCCAAAAAGCCGAAAUCGAAAAGCACGGAGGGGGUUUACAUAAAGAGGGCUUAUAUGAACAAGAUUUUCCAAACAUUCGUUCAACAAUUUUGAAUAGCAGCAAAAAGCUAUGUCGACCAGCGACACUAACAAAUAAGCUGCCCAUACUCAAAUGGCUACCUAGAUAUCAGGCUUCAUUUGUAUUUCGCGAUGCUAUUGCCGGUUUCACAGUCGGUCUCACAACUAUUCCGCAAGCGAUUGCUUAUGGCGUGGUCGCUGGCUUGCAGCCUCAAUACGGGCUUUAUGCGGCCUUUAUGGGCUGUUUCACUUAUAUAAUUUUUGGUUCCUGCAAGGACGUGACUAUCGCCACUACAGCAAUUAUGGCUUUAAUGGUACAUGAUUAUGCAGUAAUUACACCGGAUUUCGCCGUUUUGAUCUCAUUUCUGGCGGGCUGCACGAUAUUGGUGCUGGGCAUUCUUAACCUGGGCGUGCUGGUACGAUUUAUUUCGAUGCCGGUUAUUACGGGAUUCACUAUGGCUGCGGCGUGUACAAUUGGUAGUGCGCAGAUUAACAAUCUGUUCGGAAUGAAGAGUCCGUCAAAUGACCUUAUUCCGGCGUGGAAACACUUUUUCACACACCUCCCGAAUGUAAGUUUGAAUGACUCAUUACUUGGCGUUGGUGGACUCAUAUUUUUACUCUUGAUGAAGCAAGUGAAAAAUAUACCAUAUGGCAAUAAGACAUUUUGGAAAUAUAUUUCUUUGUCUCGCAACGCCCUGGUGGUGAUAUUCGGUACAUUUUUGGCAUAUCAAUUAAGUCGUGAUGGCUCCCAACCCUUCGUAAUCACCGGGAAUAUUACAGCAGGCUUGCCACCGUUUCGUCCACCACCAUUUAGCACAAUCGUGGAUGGAAAGGAAGUGACAUUCUCGGAUAUGAUCAGCACGUACGGUUCCUCGUUGGCAUCAAUACCUUUAGUGUCAAUACUAGAAAUUGUAGCGAUAGCUAAGGCAUUCUCUAAGGGUAAAAUUGUCAACGCAUCUCAAGAGAUGAUAGCUCUCGGCAUGUGCAAUAUUAUGGGAAGUUUUGUAUCAUCUAUGCCGGUGACAGGUUCUUUUACCCGAACAGCUGUGAACAAUGCGAGUGGCGUUAAAACGCCAUUGGGCGGUGCCGUCACUGGUGCAAUGGUAUUGAUGGCGCUGGCUUUUCUUACACAAACCUUCUACUACAUUCCAAAAGCAACGUUAGCGUCAGUAAUUAUAGCCGCCAUGAUAUCGCUGGUGGAACUCGAGCGACUUGCCGAAAUAUGGAAAUCUAAGAGAAUGGAUCUCUUUCCAUUUGCCGUAACUUAUUUCACCUGCUUAUUUUGGAGUUUGGAAUACGGCAUUAUUUGUGGCAUAGUGGUGAAUAUCUCUUUUAUACUAUAUAGAAGUGCAAGACCACAAAUUCAUUUAGAAAAGAAAAAGGUGAGCAAUUACGAAAUAUGUUUUGUAGAUGUUAAGCAGAGAUUAGAUUUCGCGUCUGCGGAGUAUCUAAAAGAAAAAAUUGUGAAGUUUAUGAGCGGUAAUCGCUACGAUGUUAGUCUCAUUGUCGUAAAAGGAGAGGAAAUUAAUUCCAUUGAUUAUACUGUUGCUAUGAACAUCAUCUCACUUAAAGAAGAUCUUGAGGUACUCAGUUGUGAUCUUGUUUGUUGGAAUUGGAAUAUUCGUGCCGCUGGGGUUGUUUGCAGGUUGAACGGCGAUUUGUGCAGCUUAUUCAAAAAUGACCAUAGCAUCGAGGAGGUGGUGAAUAACUAUUAUUUAAAUCUACAAAGGAAAAAUGAAAGUUCCAUCGAUACUGUGUAUACAAGUACUUCUUAGUUGGCUUACGCGUACGCGUGCUAAGUAGAAAUAUUAUUUGUUUAAAGUAUGUGUAAAUAUAAAUAUACAAAUACAUGGAAAAUAUCUAAAGGCCAAGUACCAUAAACAAAUUUAACGCUGAUAUCAAUACGCCACUUGUUGAGACCAUAACAAUUAAUGAUUAAAAUAAUGGCAAUAUGUUUUACUCGUAUUAUUCUGCUAUCUGCACAAGUAUACAAAUAAAUAGUUUUAUUCAAAUGAAGAA